AUGUCUAAGAGAGGACGUUGUGGUUCUGCGGGAACAAGGUUCCACAUCUCACUAAAUCUUCCAGUGGAUGCCGUCAUUAACUGCGCCAAUAACGCGGUAGCAAAGAACUACUAUGUGAUCGCUGUACAAGGUAUUAAAGUUCGCCUUAACAGGCUGCCAGCUGCUAGUUCUGGUGACAUGAUUGUAGCUACUGUAGGCAAGCCUGAACUCAGAAAGAAUGUAAUGCCAGCUGUAGUGAUCAGGCAAAGAAAACCAUUUAGGAGGGGCAAUGGUGUUUUUAUAUACUUUGAAGAAAGUACAGGUGUCAUAGUAAAUAACGAAGGAGAAAUGAAAGACUGCAAUCACUGGGCCUGUAGCUAA